CAUGAUAGCGGAAGUACUCUGUGUAACUUCCGGUUGAAAUACAAAUUAUGCAGCGCCGCGGCUGUCACUUUCUUCAGCGUGUUGUGUGACCGGUGAAAUCAUGUUGACCCCGCCGAAGGAAGGGACGCCGAGUAUGAUUGACAAGGCGCUGCGGAUGAGACGGGAGGAGCAGGCUCGGCAGGUGGUCCUGGCCUGGGCCGUCCUCAACAUGUCUUUAGCUGGCAUGAUUUAUACUGAAAUGUCUGGGAAAUUGCUGAGCAGAUACUAUAACAUCACCUACUGGCCUAUCUGGUACAUAGAAUUAGCACUAGCCUCUGUGUUUAGCCUCAAUGCACUUUUUGACUUCUGGAAGUAUUUUAAGUACACUAUGGCUCCAGCCUCAAUUGCUGUAUCUCCAGAUCAACAUCGCCUUCUUGGACUUACAAGAACAGGUAUUCAAGCCUCUCCCGUGCAGAAACCUGAGAAGAAAGAGACUCCCGCUCCAGCGCAGUCAUCUCCUCUGCAGGGUCAAAGUGUGCUGAGCUUCAGUCCGUCUCGACCUCCCACCACAAGUCCCAAGUUUUCUCCCACCUGUGUACCCGGCUACAGCCCCGGACUCAGCAACCCGCCCACCCCCAACAGCGUGGGAGGGCCGUUUUCACCCUCAGUCAACUAUGGAAAGGUGCUGAACUACAGUCCAUCCCCGGGCUCUUCUCCUUAUCCAAGCAGCAUUGGUCCAGUUGAAGGUUCCAGCUUAAGAGCUCGAUAUCGUACCUCACCCUCUGUGUUCAACUCCCCUGGAAACAAAGAGGACUACAUGGAAGAUCUGAAGAGUUUGGAAAGGUUUCUACGCUCAGAGGAAGAAAAAAGUCAUAGAAGUCAACUAGGGAGUCCAGAAUCUGUGUCUCCAAAUCACAGUCCAACGUUUUGGAACUACAACCGCUCUGUGGGUGAUUAUGCUCAGAGCUUGCGGAAAUUCCUGUAUCAGCCAGCCUGUCGCUCUCAGGCCCCAUCUGCACACAAGGAUGAGACAGACCUUGGCUCCAAACAGGCUGCAGAGGAGGUGUGGGCCAGGAUUACAACUAGUCGCUUCGUAGUGGACCGCAUUGACAGCUGGACGGCAAAACUUAGAAAUUGGAUAAGUGACACCAUCUUAGUCCCAUUGGUCAAAGAAAUAGACUCUGUAAACAGCCAGAUGAGAAGGAUGGGCAGCCCUGAACUCCAAAUUGGAGAGGCCAGUAUAAGUAGCCUAAAGCAGGCAGCAGUGAUGAAGGCUUCUUCCAUUCCUACAAUAAACUCCAUUGUCUUAUACUUGGACAUCACUCCUAAUCAGGAAUAUCUGGUGGAGCGGAUACGGGAGCUCGCACACAGUGGCUGCAUGAGCUCCUUCAGGUGGAAUGGAGGUGGUGAUCUGAAGAACAGGAAGUGGGACAAUGACCUCCCCACUGACUGUGCUAUCCUUAUGCAUGUUUUCUGCACCUACUUGGACUCCAGACUACCUCCACAUCCCAAAUAUCCAGAUGGGAAAACUUUUACAUCUCAGCAUUUCAGCCACACCCCAGAUAAACCUGAUGUGACCAAGGAGAACCUCUUUUGUAUCCACCAAAGCAGCACUACACCGCCCCAUUACCAGCUCAUCUAUCAAGGGCACAUCUACAGUCUUCCUAAGGGCAGGAACAACUUGUUCCACACGAUCCUCAUGUUUCUUUAUGUGAUUAAAACCAAAGAAUCAGGGAUGCUCGGGAGGGUGAAUCUUGGUCUCUCUGGAGUCAACAUCUUGUGGAUUUUUGAAAGCUAAGACACAGCCAUCCAGUGGACCCUUCUGCUCGUGGAUUUUGAAUUAAAAUCAUGAGCACUUGGGCUCAGCUUGUGACUUUUGGAGUUCUGGUGCUGAUUUGGACUUUGAUGCAUUUAGUCGGAUGCACUGCUGUUAGAAAUAUGAUUUGUGUUUAACUUUUGAAGCACAAAUGUAGCUCAUUUUGUCUUUGACUGCAGCAUGCCGGCCUUGUAAAUAAAUUACCUCAGAAUAUGUUGAUUGUAGAAGACUUGCCUGGAUGUAAAUAUUAUGUCUGGAAUGUUUUGUUACAGCUAUUUCACUGGCUGCAAAAUUGUAGAUAUUGGAGAUAUGUAUUUUUUACUGUUCAAGCAACAUAAAAAUACUCCACAAAGGUUAAAUGGGCUACACACAAAAAUGUAACAAAGCAUGCUUGAUGCACUUCAAUUGCCAAAGUCAUGAAUUUGUUGUAUUUUUAUAUAAAAAUUAAACUAAAUUUGAGUGACA